CCACCCCACCCCCCCAUGGCACUCACAAUGCUGAAUGGGCUUCUCAUUAAGGAUUCAAGCCCACAUAUGCUGCUGCACCAGGCUAGCAAGAUUUCCCAGCUGGAUACCUUCAACUACCAGAGCUGUUUUAUGCAAGAUAUCUUUGCCCAUUUUCCUGAGGUCUUAUUUAUCCACCGGACCUAUAACCCAAGGGGUAAGGUGUUAUAUACCUUCCUGGUGGAUGGACCUCGAGUGCAGAUGGAGGGGCCUCUUACCCGUGCAGUCUACUUCGCCAUCCCUGCCAAAGAGGAUGCAGAAGGCUUGGCUCAGGUGUUCCAGGUGUUCAAGAAGUUUAAUCCAGCAUGGGAGAGAGUCUGCACCAUCCUGGUGGAUCCCCACUUCCUUGUGCUGCCCACCCUAACCAUGGAGUUCCCCACAGCAGAGGUCUUGCUCUCAGCCUUCCACAUCUGUAAGUUCCUCCAGGGCAAGUUCUAUCAGCUGUCCCUCGAACAGCCUGUGGAAAGGUUGCUCCUGACCUCCCUACAGAGCACAAUGUGCUCAGCCACAUCAGGCAACCUAAGGAAGCUGUAUACCCUCUUGAGCAACUGCAUCCCCCCAGCCCGGCUGCCUGAGCUGCACUCACACUGGCUGCUCAACGACCGCAUCUGGCUGGCCCACCGCUGGAGAAGCCGAGCCCAGAGCAGCCGAUACUUCCAGAGCCUCGAGGUCACCACCCGCAUCCUCAGUCAGUUCUUUGGCACCAUACCCUCUGAGAAACAAGGAAUGGCCUCUCUGUUCCGCUACAUGCAGCAGAACCCUGGAGACAAAGCAAGCUUUAGCAUAGGAAGUCCCCAAAACAAUCAUACCCCCUCAGAUGUCAGCCCUGAAAGCCCCAAAGUAGAACAGUUGGUAGAAGCUCGCAUCCAACACUCUCUUAAUGCCAUCUGCACAGGACCAGCAGCCCAGCUCUGCCUGGGAGAGUUUGCUGUGGUCCAGAAAUCCAUGCACCUCAUUGGCUCUGGCUCAGAAAAGAUGAACAUACAGAUCCUAGAGGACACCCAUAAGGUGCAGCCCCAGCCCCCUGCCAGCUGCAGCUGUUACUUUAACCAGGCCUUCCACCUGCCCUGCCGUCACAUCCUAGCCAUGCUCAGUGCCCGCCGCCAAGUGCUCCAGCCAGACAUGCUGCAGGCUCAGUGGACAGCAGGUUGUGCCACCAGUUUAGACAGCGUCCUGGGCAGCAAGUGGAGUGAGACCCUGGAUAAACACCUGGCAGUGGCACUUCUCACAGAGGAGGUGGGUCGACUCCUGCAGCACUGCAGCAAGGAGGAGUUUGAGCGACGGUACAGCACCUUGCGGGAAUUGGCUGACAGCUGGAUCGGCCCUUACGAGCAGGUGCAGCUCUAAUCACUCUGGAUGCCUAGAGA